AUCGCAUAUCGAUAAAUCGAACAGCACUGGCAGCUACGCUGUUUACCUUUUAAACUUUAAUUUGCAAUUGAAGUUUUUGAAAUUAAGAAAUGGAAAUAACACUGGCAUUGAUAAAGCCGCACGUGCUAAGGAAUACCUAUGCGAUGCAACAAAUCCGGGCCCUGAUAUCUAAGAACUUUACGGUCCUCGACCAGAAGGAGGUUUGCGUAACAAAAGAACUUUCGGAGCGGUUCUAUGCGGAGCACCAGGGAAAAUUCUUCUACCACCGACUUACCAGCUUUAUGAACAGUGGUCCCUGCUAUGCGCUGAUCCUCCAGUCCGAAGCCUGCAUCCAGAAGUGGCGAAGUCUCUUAGGUCCCACCAAGGUGUUCCGUGCCGUUUAUAGUGAACCCGAUUGCAUCCGAGCGUUGUACGGUCUAUCCGAUACCCGUAAUGCCUGCCAUGGAUCAGAUAGUGAGGCAUCUGCGCUACGUGAGAUCAGUAUCUUGUUUCCGGAGUUUGACGUUGGUAUAAGGAACCAACAGGCGAAGAAGGAGGCGUAGCUGGGGAUUAAAUUCGAUCCUUGAAAAAGUCAGAUAAAGAAGCAUUUUCUUCUGGAUACUGGAGAAUUCUAUAAGAUACAAGAAAAAUCCUUACAAGGUUGUUAAAAAGGAGUAACUAAAUAUGCCCUGAUUGGCUAGCUUUAUGGUUUUCUUAAAGGCUUUAGGAUCUGAGCUGCCAUAAUUAGUAAAAGGGAACAUGUUAAAGAGACAUUAGAAGCUUUUCUUAUAUGCAAUCCAUGUUGAUACCUCAAGACCAAAGAAGACAAAAUAUAAAAAAAUAAUGUCAGAAAACAUUGCAUUAAAUAAAUUAGUAUAAAGAACUGCUUAGGUAUAAAGGUCUAAAAUCAGGACAAUAAUCCAGAAUGCCUACCGAAAGAGUUAAUCAAAAGUUAUUUGCUUGUAGAGGUAGAAAAAAUGGAAUAAAAUAAGCAUUUUAAAAAGCAUUAACUACUGUUGAGCAGUUUAUAUUAAGCAAUAAAUGGCUAAGCCAAUUCUUAAUUUUAUAGAUUAAA